UUCAUCUUCAAGAAAAACAACCGUUGCCCUUGCCGUUGCUCUACCAUUAAAGGGGAAUACUGCCAUCAUUGUGCCUUUAAUUCCGAUUUCAGGGAUAAGGUAUAUGUAGAAAGUCUACAUCUUGGAUACGAUCAUAGAAACUAUCGUGACAGACUAGAUGGAAUACACUCACUUGAAAGAUCUAUGCUCUAUGAUGAACAAGUACAACAAAAUCUAAGACUAUACCAACAACAAACAAGACAACAACAACAACAUGAACUACCAUAUCAACAACAAAUGAACCUAGAACAUCACCAGAUUAUGCAACUACGUCAACAACAACAACUAGAAAAACAACAACUAUACCAACAACAAGAACAAGAAAGACAAAGACAACAACAAUAUCAAAGAUUUCAACAAGAUUUUCUAUUUUAUCAAAUUCAACAACAACAUCUUCAACAACUAGAACAACUACAUCAACAAAAAGCUACAAAGACUACAACAACAAAAACAACAACAUUUUUUUUGGAGAUACUUUUAAAUGAAGACCAAAUUAUUAAUAAAAUCGUUUCAUUCUAUGUUUCAAUUAUUAAAUCGUUAAAUUUAAGAAAGUCAACUUCAUCAUCCAAGAACAAAUCACAUCUUUAUCAACAUUUCAAAUAA